UGGCUAAAGAUAAAGGAUUUUUAAAUGUGAGGAUUUCAGCAGUACUUUAAUUUACAUUUGGACUUAAUUUGUGUUUUGGUUUAUACUUAGAACGUAUCUUUAAAUUUAAAUGUGAAACAUUCAGCAUGCAGAACAUUUGAGUAUACCGCUUUGCAUUAUGGCUUAUCAAAGUAUACUCUUUCGGUUGCACUUUUCAACUUUGAGCAACAUUGUUGCCGGACUUCCAUUUUUCGCAACCUUAUUUUGUGUUAUCUGGUCGGUGUUAUUCAAUUUCAAGGAAUCUACCGCAACACAUUGCCGGGUAGCCAACUACCUACCGUCCAUAAGUGCAGCAAUUGGUGGAUACAUUCCUCAGAGAAAUGUAUGGAGAAUCUGUAUUGCCCUUCACGCUUUUCCACGAUUCCUCAUAGCUUGUGCAUAUUACCGCUACCAUAUGCGAUUUGUAGUAGAAUCCUGGAGCAAUAUUUAUACCAUUUUAGCUGGACUAUGUACUUUAUUACAUACUGUGGAGAAUUUUGCUCUUGUCAUUCUAACGUAUAUAUCCUCCCUCGACGAUAAAGAGAUUCAUGAAAACAUGUUUGUAUUAUUUAUGGUCACAUCUGAGAUCUACAUGUUGUUGACAUGUUUUCUGUACCGAUGGGGCCAUUCAGGCAAAGGACGGGAUAUGACUCCUAAAGAAACUAAAUCCUACCAUUAUAAAAUUGCCUUAUUUAUCUUCAAUCUCUCCAUUUUCCUGAUGGCAGUUUACAUGUACUUCAGGCAUAACUGGUAUUGCGAGAGUGGAGUAUACACUGGAUUCGCCGCCUGUGAAUAUUUGGUGGUAUUUUCAAACAUUGCUUUUCAUUACACUGCCAAGUUAGACUUUCACGACCAAGUCAUGACUCUGGGAGGAGAAUCUCAUCGAACUUCAAAGGCAGCUUAACAGAUAUUU